AUGAGCGGGAAGAGGCAGAGGCAGGAAAAGGACAAGAUGGCCGAGGAAUGCUGCUUCAUUUGCAAGGACAGCGGGCACGACCUCCGCGUAUGUGACUCUAGGAACUGCCUCAAGGCUUACCAUCCAGGCUGUGUCCAAAACAAAGAUGAGGGGUUCAUAUGCGAUUGGCACAUAUGUGUCCAUUGCAGAGGACGUUCUGAUUAUCAGUGCCUGUGCUGUCCACUUUACUCGGUUUGCUGUGCCUGCCUUGGAAAAGUAGAAUUUGUGCAACUGAGAAAGCAAAAUAAGGGAUUCUGCAGAACCUGCUUGAACCUGGCUAUCGCGAUUGAGAAGAAUGAUCCUCAUGUGGCAAAAACAUAUAACUACGAAAUUUUGUUUAAAGACUACUGGGAAGGAAUUAAAGAUGCAGAACAUUUGACAUUGGUUGACCUGGAAGAAGCUAGUGAUAUUCUGAAUAGAAAGCUUAACUGUAAAGAAGGAGCGAAUUUAGAGAGAUUUCCAGCUGUUGAUCACAAGUCAGAUGAAAAUACAUCUCCUGAUAAUGGCGCCAAUGAUCAAACAAUUCCUUUUGACUCUAAGGGCAAACAGAUUAAAGCGAACACAUCACAGAAGAACAAGUCAAAUAAGAGAACCUAUGUUGGGUGGGGUUCCAGAGAGCUAAUUGGAUUCUUGUCAAGUUUUGGAAAGGAUACGUCAAAACCUCUUGAAGAAUUUGAAAUUAUUGGAGUUGUCAAGGGGUACAUCAAAGAGAAGAAACUAUACCAGGACGAUAAGAAACUUCGUUUCUUGUGUGAUGAUAAGCUGCAACCCCUGUUUACGAGAAGAAAAGUGAGAUGCAAAAUGAUCCGUAGGUUCUUGGCAGUUCAUCUAGCUUCAAAUGCAGUUUCAGAAGAUGAAAGAUUUUGUAGUUCUGAAGAUGAUGAUGACGCCCCAGUUAUUAAAAAGAGACCUCGGAAUAGUCUGGAGCCAAAGAUUGCUAAGAGGGUCUCAGAAAGAAGCAAGAGACAUUUUGCCUCCCUUACUCAGAAUAAUAUCAACCUAAUCUACCUGAGAAAAACUUUAGUUAUUAGUCUUUUGAUGAGUCAGCCAGACAUAUUUGAACAGAAAGUUGUUGGCUGUUUUGUUAGAGUCAAGUGCGGCCAAAAGGUGCACAGCUAUGAAAUACCUAGAAAAGCAUACCUGCUUGGACAAGUAACAGGCAUCAUGAAGUCUGAAAAUGAAUACAAGAUAAAUGAUACAUGUACAAAUAUUCUCUUAUGUGUUACUGGUUUGUUGGAUGAUGUCAGUAUAUCAAUGCUCUCAGAUGAGGAUUUAGCAGAGGAUGAGUGUGAUGAUCUUAUUUCUUUGGCUGAGAAAGGACUACUGAAACGGGCCACUGUUACUGAGUUGGAGGAAAAGGUGGCAACAGUACAUAAAGACAUAGUUAAUCAUUGGAUUGAAAGAGAACUUGUGAGACUAGAAAGAAAGAUCGACAUUGCGCAGAUGAAAGGGUUACACAGGACCAUUGAAGAAACUUCCCACAAGGUUUCUUCCUUGACGCAUUCUUUUCUUACAUUGGUGGAACUACUGGACCAAAAAAAACUUUUAAACACACCAGCUGAAAGACGGCGUCGUCUUGAAGAGGUUCCAGAAAUUGUUCCGGAUACAGAAUACAGAGAAAAGGAAACUGAACUCCAAGUUGCAGCAAGCAACUCAUCUCAAGAGAGUAGAGGUGCCACUCAUCAAGCAGUUGAUUCUUUGAAUGUUCUCAAUGGGGAACCAUCAAAAGGUGCUACAGAGCAAAUACAUGAUUGUUUGAACGUUCUUAACAAAGAAUCAUCAGAAGCUGCAUCUAAGCAAGUUGAUGCUACUUGUGAAGCUCCUUCUGAAGCUCAUGAAGCCUGCCUCAGUGGUGUUACUCCUGAUCCUGCACUACAUUAUCAAAUGGACGAUACUCAAGAUGGUAGCCCAACUCAAGCCAUGAACAUUGACCAAGAUGAAAGUGACCACUCCCGGCAAGCUGCCGUGGCAAAGAUUAAUGAAGUUGUAGAAGUCAUAGAUCUAAGCAGUGAUGACGAUGAGGACCCUAGCACAGGGCAACAUAAGCCAGAAGGCAAGGCGAUGCAUGCUCUAAGGGCCAUGAAUGGGGAUGUUCACCUGGAGCAGCGAGAGCCAGCACCUGCAACCAUGAAUGGGGUUCUUCAGCCGGAGCAGCGACAGCCAGCUCAUACAGCCAUGAAUGGAGUUCUGCGCCCAGAGCAGCACGGGCCAGAACAUGCAGCCACGAACGGCGUGUCACCUUCGGCGCUCCUGUGGCAGUGGCACUACAGAGACCCUCAAGGAGAGACCCAAGGGCCAUUCACGCUGAUGCACAUGUUGCAUUGGAAACGGCUGGGCUUCUUCAACAACGAGGGCUUCCGAGUGUGGAAGACGGGGCAGACUUCUGAGCAGGCUAUCUUACUUAGAGAUGCCUUCUUGUUGCAUCUGUAG